AUGUGCGACCGCACAGUUUGGGCAAGAGUAUUCACAAGCAGGACUAUUUUCCAGAAGGUUUCAUCAAAUUUUGGAGAAAUAGGACAGAACAUCAAGAUACUCAUGAAUGAGUUCCAACAAAAAUCACAGAUACACAAGAACUUGGAGUCUAUAGCAGAUAUGAAGAACUUUGUAGAAGAAUAUCCGCAAUUCGAAAAAAUAUCAGGAACCGUUUCGAAGCACGUCACGUUGGUCGGAGAGCUCAGCAAAAUUGUAGCAAAUCAAAAUCUUUUGGAAAUCUCAGAGGUGGAACAAAGCAUUAUCGCUGAAGGAGAUCAUUCGCGAUGUUUGGAGCGAAUCCGAGCUCUCAUAAAUCAUCCCAAGACGACCAAUUUGAAUGCACUGCGAUUAGUUUUGCUUUAUGCGUUGAGAUUCGAAGGAAAUCCCAGCAACGAUCUCAAUGGCUUAGUAGGCUCGCUCAAGAGGGAUACUGACUCAGCUAACAUAGUGCGGUCUUUAUUGCGAUAUGCGGGCUCUGCUCGUAGAAAAACUGAUUUUCGGCUCGACUAUGGAAAUGACAAAGAGGUGAGUUUGUUAAUGAAGCAAGCUGCAACACUAGCAAAUAACGCGUUUAUCAAAGGAUUGAAAGGGGUUGAGAACAUCUAUACGCAGCACGAACCGUAUAUCAAGACCAUUGUGGAAAACGUAGUAAGAGGAAAGCUGUCCGACCAACAGUAUCCUUAUGUGCCAGGAGAUAUCGCCAAGUAAGU